GAGAGAGAGAGAAAGAGAGAGAGAGGCGCGCCGGUUCCGUAGCAUUUGUAGCAUUGUAGGUCGUUGCGUUUUAUAACGUGACUCCUUAAUUUCCGCGACGGGUGUCCGCAGCCGCGUGUUGUGCAUCGAGUAGUAGUAAUACUACGGGAGGAUACCGAGACUCCGUACGAAUUUGAUCGAGGACGCGAUCCCUCGUGAUCGAGAGGAAGAAGACGAUCAUCGCGGCACGACGAUCACUUUGACAAGGAUUUUAUCAGUGAUAAGUGUAAAUGAGUGGAACGCCGCGAAUGAUGAAUCUUAUUUCGAUCGUGAAUUUAUAAUUAAAGUGGAGAGUUAUAUUAUUUUAAUAAAUAAUUAUAAUUUUAUCCUGUGACAGAUCAGAUUCAUUCAGAUAAUAGAAAUAAAUAAUAAAGUCGAAGGAAGGAAAAAAGAAAAGAGGGAGAAAAACGAAGGAAAGAAAAAAAAGAACUAGUGGUACUUUAAUCGUCGAUUGUGAAAUAUUUCACAAGUGUUAUAUUAUAUUUCUCAUCGAAGAUUAAUCCGAGGAUUGAAGAGACCGUACGAUGACCGACACUAAAUAAAUAAAUAAAUAAAUAAAUAAAUAAAUAAAUAAAUAAAUAAACAAAGUGAAACAUAUAUAAGUGAUCGACGUAUUAAGAUCCUUGUCGAAAGUUUGAAUAAGUGGAGAAGAUAAUCUUGGAACAUUUCGUACAAUUAAAAAAGAUCGAGUUAGUUAAAAAUCCGAAUGAUAUAUUUCGGAUGGAUGGAUGGAUGGAUGGAUCGAUCGAUCGAAAUUCGAUCGAUCGAUCGAUCGAUCGAUUAAUCUGAUCAACCGAUCGCGUACUACACGGAUUGAUUAAUAAUAUCUCGUGAAAGAAUAAUUCUUUUAUGCAUUUACACACAAUGUGCGGUUUAAAAUCAUCGAAGUCUUUUGAAUUCGAUACGAUAUCGAUCAGACUAAAUUAAGUCUUUAAGAUCGAAACGAACGAACGAGCGAUCGAAAAGGAACGGAAAGAGACAAGAAAAAAAAGGAAGGAAAGGAGAAAAAGAAAAAAUAUAGGAAGAAAAACAUUUCCAUUUCUCUGUGUUGUCAUCGACGUUUCGAAAUCUCGAAAUCUCGAAAAGAUUCUCAACGCGAACCGCGCGUGCCACGUUUCUCGUCUGUUGCUGCUGUCACUGCAACUGCAACUGCUGCUGCAACUCCUGCAACUACUGCUGCUGCUGCUACCGCUGCUGCUGCUGCUGCUGCUGUACGCGCGUUGUUGGAAAACGAGACUUGAUAAACGUGCCGUUAGGAGGAUAUAUUUAUGACAGAACGAAGAGCCGUCGCGUCGGCGGAAGUCAAGAGGAAACCUUGACUCUGACUAUCGGCGAUCUUUUCCAUCGACGAGAGGGAUAGAACGAUAUCCACGACGAGGACGGGGUGGCGGCGGAGGAAGGCGGAGGAGGGUGUACGGUGAAACUCAGCAACGGAGACGAGCGUAACGGCAGCGGGAGUAGCCGAAGAAGAAGAAGAAGAAGAGGAAGAAGAAAAAGAAGAGGAAGAGGAAGAAGAAGAAGAAGAAGAAGAAGAAGGAAGUGGAGAAGGCGGAGGUGGUGGUGGUGGUGGUGGUGGUGGAGGAGGGGUGGUGGUGGAGGAGGAGGAGAAGAAGGAGGCGAGCAGGAGCAGCUCGUGGUGGCGGCGCCGACGGCUGCGUUGGUUCUGCCAGGGCCGCGCAUGCUUCACCAACGUACCGCUACAGCAACGACAACACCGCCUGCGACGUCAUCCACCAACAUGUUCCCCCAACAAUACUGCCUGAGAUGGAAGUACCAUCACAGCAACCUGCAGACCAUGUUCUCACAGCUGCUCGAGCGGCAGGCCUAUUGCGACGUCACGCUCGCAUGCGAGGGCAAGACACUCAGAGCGCACAAGGUCGUACUAUCGGCAUGCAGCACCUACUUUGACACGAUCCUGUCGCAAUACGAAGAGAAGGAUCCUAUCGUAAUCAUGCGCGACGUCAAAUUCUCGGACAUCAAAGUACUCGUCGAGUUCAUGUACAAGGGAGAAAUUAAUAUCGAUCACACAAGAUUGUCGUCCCUAUUAAAGACUGCCGAGGAUCUUCAUAUCAAGGGUCUUGCGGAGGUCAGCUGGCGUAGCGAUUCAACGCAAAAUGACUUAAGUAACAGUGGUCACAGUCCUGGUGCGGCUACGCCAGGGGUUGAAACGGUUUUAAGGGAAGGUGACACGGAUGAACCACAACCCCCAAAACAAAGGCGUAGAGGACGUCCGCCAUUGGACGAUACACCUACGACGCACGACGUCUUUACGCCGAAAAUCACAUGUAUCACCGGAAACGAGGAAAUGAUGAGCGAAGGUGACCACGAAAGUUGGGACGACGAAAUGAUGAUGAACGAGAAUAACGAAACGCCACUGCCGGUGCUAUCCUACAUGCCGAAGGAGGACAGUAGUACCUCCGAUCAAGAAAAAAAAGCGCCUACGACGACAGCGUCGAAUUCAAACGCGACGAACUUGUCGAUCCCGGAACAAUUUCGGGACGUCGUUAAGAUGAACGAUUAUUUGACGACGGGUCGCCGACAAGAAUUCUGGGAGGAACCAUUCACGCGACGCGUUAUGGAUGCCAUCAAGAGUAAGGAGUUAGAAAUGAAGACUGCUGCUGAGAUACUCGGCGUUUCUUACGGGACCCUCUAUGGGAGAUAUCGUGACAGUUAUGGUUGCCUUAAACACCCGUAUAGAGUUAGGGAUUUUUGGUCGGAACCUGGACCGGCGGAAGUGCUCGCAAAAUUACGAAGAAAGGAAAUAACGUUGUUCCGUGCUGCUGAGUUCCUCAAUGUAACCGUACACACGUUAGCAACGUACCUGUCUACCCUACAAGGCUCCGAAAGAAUUUCGUUGGCCGGUGACGUUAGUGCGACAUCAGUGAACGUCGAGGGUAACGAUACGCAGGAGAACAACGAGUCGGUUAACGAUAUUAUACAAAAGAUCAAUGCCAACGCCGUUACCGCAGCAACUCCGACUACCUCGACGACAAUAAAAAGAGAGGGUGGUGGUUACUUGGAGGUACCUACGGCAGUUGUACCGAAAGCUGCAACAUCCGUUCUCGAAAACAAUCCAGACAUAACGAUCGUCAAAACCGAAAAUCUACCGCGUAAACGUGAAUAUGCAAAGAUUUCCAAUACAGAAAACAACAAUGCGAAACUGAUGAGCGGUGGUGCCGUCAGUGAGAUUACAACUCAAACGUCUCAACAGCAACAGCAGCAACAACAGCAACAACAACAACAGCAACAGCAGCAACAGCAGCAACAACAGCAGCAGCAACAGCAGCAGCAGCAACAACAGCAGCAGCAGCAGCAGCAACAGCAACAACAACAACAACAACAGAAGAUCACCGAUCCGCUCGCAUUGAACAACGACAACAGUAAACCCUAACUAUUCAGGCCUUAUUUAACACCGGCGAGUCCAAGAAUAACCGGCGCCAAUGCCAGUUACAGAUCCGAACUCUGUCCCCGGAGAUUUUAUUCGAACGUAUUUACGCGCUUCUUGACUAAUUUUCAUUUGAAGUAAAACAAAAAAAGUAUACAUAUAUAUAUAUACAUACAUACAUACGUGUGUGUGAAUAUAUAUAUAUAUAUAUAUAUAUAUAUAUUUAUGUAUAUGUAAUUUGAUUAAUUAAUUUAGAUCAAGAGAUCAUAAUUCGUGAUUGAUCUCUCCGAGGAUCCAUCCAUCCAUCCAUCCUUUCUCCUUUUGUUCGUAUCUUCUCUUUUCUCUCUCUCUCUCUCUCUCUCUCUCUCUCUCUCUCUCUCUCUCUCUCUAAAUCUAAAUCUAAAUCA